GGGGAGAGAGGAGAAAGCACAUCUGAAAUGAAUACCUUUCAGAGCUGGAUUCACUGUUGCUGAAGUGUGCUGGAUAGGUACGUGUUUUUUCUUUAAAUACAAAUAAACAAAGUAAGGUUAAAUGUGAGAAACCAGAGUUAUCAGAGAUCCCUAAGAACUUUGGCUGUUGAGAAUUUGCUCAGAAUAUACUUAAUGACCCAUGGUCUGAAUGUUUACCGGAAAGCUGAUUUAAAAAAAAACGUACAUACAGCAUCUGGCUCUGAGGUAUGUGCACAUUUAAAUUAUUAAAAGUAUUAAAAACAAUGUAAAAUUAAUGUAAAUAACUGUUCCGCAGUUUUAUAACCUUUUCUGUUAAAAUUGAGUAUUUCAAUUGAGCAGGAUUUUCAAUAGUCUUAGUUCCUGAAAUACCCUUAGUAACAAUUGAUUUAUCGUCAUUUUUAUUUAAUGAAUAACAUAUUUAAAAAGUCUUGAUUAACAAAUGUGUCCUCACAGAUUUGAUAAAAUUACUAGUGUUGUUGAGGCAGUUCAUCAUGCUGUAACUUUAUCUUAAUCACCACAUAUAUCUACUUUAAACUUAAUGCAGUAUCCCACCUUUACACUACACUAUUUUUCAGUCUUUUUAGUAAAAUAUACAUUUAAAAAAAAAAUACAAAUCAAUCUCGUGUCCAACUUCUAGAACAUUCUGAUAUUUUCUUGCCUCAGGAUGAAGAUGACUUCCAACGGCUCUGCUGAGGUGUCCCCCACCCUCUACCCUGUGGACAACUGCACCAACAACGCCGAGUUCUGGGAGCUCCUCUCCUCCCUGCAGCCGAUAUACCUCUCCCUCAUCAGCAUUGUCGGACUGCUGGGCAACGGCUUUGUGCUCUGCGUCUUCUGCCUCCAGAGGAAGUCCUGCUCCGUGCCGGACGUCUACCUGGGAAAUCUGGCGGUGGCCGACCUGGUCAUGGUGACCUGCCUGCCCUUCUGGGCGGUGACCAUCGCCUACGACUUUGACUGGGUGUUCGGCAUGCCGCUCUGUAAGCUGGUCAACGUGGCCAUCUCCAUGAACUACUUCUGCAGCGUGCUCUUCCUGGUGCUGGUGAGCGUGGACCGCUACCUGGCCCUCGUGAAGCCAAUGCGCCCCAGCUGCCUCCGGAGGGCGCCCUGGGCCAAACGCAUCUGCCUGGUCAUCUGGCUCCUGGGCCUGCUGCUCAGCCUGCCCGUGUUGCUCUUUCGCACGGUGGAGUACGUGCCCGAGGCCGGCGUGAGCGCCUGCUUCCUGGCUUACCCGCACCAGGGCUGGCGGGUCCAGCGCAACGUCACCAUCAACGUGGUGGGCUUUUUGGUGCCGCUGCCCAUCGUGGCUUUCUGCACCUGUCACAUCCUUAAGGCUCUGCGUAACAGCGGCCAAUUGGGCGUCGCGGCACCCGGCAUGAGGAAUGAGAGGAAGGCGACGCAGCUGGUGCUCGCCGUCCUUAUCAUUUUCGUCAUUUGCUGGAUGCCCUACCAGAUUGUGCGUGCUCUGGACACCAUGGACUACUUCCGGGUCACGACAAGCUGCCUGUGGGGAGACUUCAUGGACGUGAGUGAGCAGCUGGUUACCUAUCUAGCCUACAGCAACAGCGCCAUUAACCCCUUCCUCUAUGUGAUAGUGGGGAAGCACUUUCGAAAGAAGGCCAAAGCUGUGUUAAAGCAGUUCAGGCCCUUUAGGUCGAAAGACAAUGCUUCACUUUCGGUCAAUGUCUCAUCUUUGAGUAGAGAAACUCAGAGGAUUUCUUUUAACCGUCUUGAUAAGCGAAUGUGUUAAGUUAGCCUUAAACUUCAUGUUGUAUAUUGUAUCAAUAUUUAUUUAAUCUUUUUAAGUUUUUGUAAUUCCUUGUGCCAGUAUUUUUGUCAAUAUUUUCUGUUACCAUGACAAUAUGAAUUGUUUUUGGUAGGACUCAAGAGCAGGAGACAGGAGAGAAUUAAACCCCUUCCUUUGGUUUUACUUCAAGCUCUGAUUAUCAUUCACCAUCUGCUCUCACUAAGUGUAUUUUCGUUUCCUUGUCUGUCAAUUUCAUGAAAUACUUCGGGGACAGCCAGAUUGGCAGCAAUAUCCAUGAUGGGGAUUUGCUGUCAGUUAGAGAGAGGAGCACAAUCUUCACGGAAUAGUGAUGUGAAUCCAUGUUCAAAAUGCUUAUUUUCCCCUCCCUUUCUCCUCGUUCUUCCUGAUGUUAUCUCAGGUUUUUGUUCAGAAUUUAAUUUGCACUAAUGAUGUAAUGAAAUGUACCAGCAAACCACAACGAACGUUUCUGCUACAUUUUCACAUCUGCGCCAUUUUGUUUUCUAUGUCAUUAAACUUGUUUUUUGUGUUUUUUUUUAUGUAUUUAUUGUUUAACAUAUGUAACAUGGAGGAGAUAAAUGUCCUCUUUUCUCUCCGUAAUAAAGAGGCAGAUUCAUGUCAUUUCCAUGCAAGAUGCGCCCUCGGGUGUUCCUGUUCUGUUUUGUGUGCGGGGGGCUAAACUACACACUCGCUAACACGCUAAUCUUGAUGUAUGAGGCCCCUGUGUGUGUCACUCUGCGUUCCCCCUGCAUCUGCAUUAAUGUUUUCCCUAAGGCGCAAUGUCUCAUUCCCCAUCACUUACCACAAUGUCUCAUUCCCCAUCACUUACCAUAGGUGAGUGCAUGCAUCUUAAAUACAGACACUUUAUAACCAUUACUUCAGACAUUUUGGAAAAGUUCCUUCAUGGAGUUGCUGUCAUUUUGCCUUUAAAUGUUUCCAUCCAAUUAGCCACAGCCGUGAGCACGCAGGGGUUUAUGUGUGUUUGCUUUUCCAGUGUGUUGCCAGCUGCUUGAUGGUUAGUUUGUAAAGCCAUUAAAGUUUGCCCCGGUUGUUGUGAGUGAGGUCAGAGAAAGUAAUUAUUAAGGUCUCACUAUGUACUGGUGAGCUCAGUUGCAAAGCUGCAUACGGCUGGCUUCAAGCGAUUUAAUUGGAUAAGAAUGAGAUUGAUACAGCCCUGGGUUUCUUUCCCCCUGGCCGUACUGGAUGGAAUUCAAAACUGGCCUUUCAGAACUUGGCAUAUAUAUGGCGCCAGAUAUAUGGUCAAACUCCAAAGAUUUUAGAUCCCUUACUCUCUGCCGUGUUUGUCCUUGGAGUCCAUUACUUCAAGGAUAGGCAUGUAUACACACACACACACAAACACUCACACACACACACACAC